AUGGCGGCAUAUUUUCGAAAUGAUGGUUGGAAAGAAGACAUCGUUCUCAAAGAAGAAAUGGCUAAAUAUGUAAAACAGGGUUUUCAACGGAGAGAAAUGUUAGAUUUUUUGAAAAGGGAUUUUGCCCAAUAUGCAUGGAGCCUUCGCACUGUCGACAGACGCCUUCGUCACUUUGACAUACAGUACAAUGACAAAAAUGUGUCGGUGGAGGAAGUUAAAGAUGUUGUAAAAAAGGAGCUUGACGGACCAGGAAAACUGUUAGGAUACAGAGCAAUGCACCGAAAAGUUCGACAAGUUCAUGAUCUCAAUGUUCCACGAGAUUUAGUUCAUGCGGCAAUGUAUGACCUCGACCCGAAGGGUCUGGAAGCCCGUGGACCAGUUGGUAAAAAGAAAACAAUCCCCAAGGGAAGUUUUACAACAAAAGGCCCUAACUGGGUCCAUUCACUAGAUGGCCAUGAUAAACUAAUGGGCUACCAAAACAGCACUUUCCCAUUAGCAGUAUAUGGCUGCAUCGAUACUGCUAGUAGAAAGCUGUUAUGGCUGCGGAUCUGGGUCACUAACAGCGACCCCAAGGUAAUUGGCCGUUGGUAUUUGGAGUAUUUAUAUGAGGCUAGAAUUAUGCCUUCAAUGAUAAGGCUGGACAGAGGAACAGAGACAGGCACGAUGGCAACGAUACACGCCUUCUUGCGAAGAAACCAUGAUGAUAUGGAUGACCCAUGUGAAUCGAUCAUUUACGGGCCAUCGACAUCAAAUCAAGUAAGCACUUAUUUGUUUAUUGUGUACUUUUUUUAGGUAUCGGUUAAAAAGUAGUGUGAAUGCAACUGGAGUUGUCAUAUUAGGUUGCUUUUUCUAUGUUUUUCUUUGCAAUAUAGUGCAUAAUCGACCAUUUUUGAUAAUUUUUUUAAAGAUCGAGAGAUGGUGGAGGGAACUCCACGAGAGAAUGGAAAAAUAUUUCAAGGAGCAACUCAACUGGUUAAAGGACCGAGGUCAUUAUAAUCCACAUAGUGAGAGAGACAGGUACAUAUAAUAAUUAUAGAAUAGACCUGAUAAAGACAUGGGGUUAGAGUGAACACAAUUUCUGCUUGUUUUAUUUGUCUAUUUUUUAAAAGCAAGGAAAAGGUUGACUUGAUCCUGGGAAGGUAGCCUGAGAGCAAGUUCAACCGGCCCUCUAGCAGCGGGGCUGGAAAAGGAAGAAGAGCUUGCAACUACGUCUCUGGAAUUUGAAUUCCACCUCCAAUUCGCCUGUGGCUCCCUGUCGACUGAGCUGUCAGAUUUCCGCCAAUCAGCACUAUGUGGAAAUGAGUGCAAAUGUAAACAAAUACUAAGAAACACGUGCCAAGGGUAAUGGCGUCUUUCAUAAUGUCAUUUCCACCAAUCAGCAUUUCACAUCAACUUUUUCAAUGCAGAUAUUCAAAUUCCAGCGAUGUAGUUGCAAGCUCUCCUUCCUUUUCCCAGAGAGCUUGCUCGCAGGCUAUGUGGAGGUGUGGGGGAAAAUCCCAUUAUGAAGGGGCAGGGAUGCAUUGUUAUUUUGUUUGGGUUGCAGAUUUCAUAUUUUGGUGACACUUAAAGCUGUCUAGAGUAUUCAUGAUGGAAUGCCCAUUUCACCUGGUCGGAUGUUACUUUAUGGUGUGUAAUAAAGAAACCAGAGGACUAAAAAAGGAAAGAAAAAGCUGAUUUUAUGACAAUGCCUUUAUCACACAUUAAUAAAAGUGAUUACUAUUUAUAUAUAGCUCUUAUUUGGUACUGUGCUUUAUUUUUAAUGUAUUUAAGGGAUCAAGUAAAGCUUGAGUCUAGCACUCAUGGGAGUCCCCCUCCCCAAGGGAAAUCUACUCAUGGUCUAAAAUUAAAGUCACAAACUUUUUAGGCAAAUUCAAAAUGUCUCAAGGAUAAUUAUUGACAAUAAAUAUUUGUCAAAAUAAACGUAUCUAUACAGUGUAAAACCUUUGAUGAAAUAAAUCUGUGUUAAUUUCUCCUGUCAGGAUGCUCUUGGCUUUUCUUCUCAUACCAGUACUGCAGAAAGAACUAGAUCUGUUUAGGACAGUUGUAUGGAACAGUCACAAAAUAAGAACACAGAAAGAUACAGCUUUGCCAGAUGGAAUCCCUGAUCACAUUUAUAACUUUCCUGAAACAUACGGCCUAGAAGAGUGUGGUAUGACUGUGCAUAUUUUCACUUUAAAAAUAGACAUCCUUGUAACACUGUAAACAACAGCUAAAAAGCCCUGGUCUUUCACAGCUUCGGGGAUUUGGACGGGCUUAUAUCCAGGGGAAGGGAAGGGGCUUACAAUCAGAUGUAUUUUUUGUUUACUGGUAGCCUAGAGGGCUUAUAAGUGAGGAAGGGGGAUGUGGGGGGAUGGCUUAUAAGUGGCCGUUUACAGUAGAAAGUACAAACACAAACCAGUUGAUAAAUGUAAGGACCAUAUGCCCUUAAAACUACUACUGUUACCGACCAUUGGAUGCGGUAGGCAAAGAAAAUUGAAGAUUGAAUCUUUAUUGGCCAAUAUUUUAGUUAAGAAAAGAUUUAAUGUGCCAUCUUUUCUGUCAUUUAGCCUUUGGUUGUUUUCUGUUUACAUUUUGUUGUUUGCUGUUUCCUGGUUGUAACCGAGUGUUGUUAAAAAUGCCAUUUUUUACAGGUUGGCCUGUAACAGAAGAUGAAUUGAAAGAGGCUGCACUUCAUUCUGGUGUUCUGUCAGUUGAAGAUGACUUUUUAGAUGCUACAUUUAGAUCAAAGUGUGAGGAAAUUAUUCCAUAUCCUAACCAAGUUCAACCAAAUGAAUGCAAAGAUGCAUUUCUACAUCUUAAGGAAAAAUUCAUGGAACUGUGA